AUGGAUGUCGAUGAGGCGAUUAGACUGGGGGGCAGAUGCUCGGUUUGGGACUGCGAGAACCCCCUAAUGGCGGAAGCCCUCUGCUCUACUCACCUUGCCUUCAACUGCCCACCAAAUGCUCCUGGCCCCGAAUCGACGGUUCAACGACCCUUGCAUAAGGCAAAGAGGACGCGGCGCUUCGCUCUUGGGCGAGCACCGUCUCGUCCCGCAAAGAAUAUCAGUCUGCAGACCGCCGGUACUCCGAAACAAGGAGAUGCCACUUUGGCACACUUCAGUCAAUUGCCGACGCCGCCUGCCACUCAUCAGUUAUCAACAGUACCGGCACCCGCAAACACUGCGCCGUUGAGGCAGAAUAGAGCAACAGUACAGGAUGUCACUACCUCGGCAAUAGCGGUUGAGAACAUACCACUGAGGCCUCGAGAACCCUAUUUCGUACUGAAUCCCGACAUUCCGUCUAUUGACAAGAGCCACUCAGAAUCUUCGCGCCCACAAACUGCUCGAGACUUACUAGAGAGCAGAUAUGUGCCAAAAGGGACCAGUCCUGGGGUGAAUUCUGCCCUUGUGGAUCAAUUGGUUCAGGCGGGACUUGAGUAUGCAUCGACUUUGAUUAUGAACGCAGGCGAGUUGCCAUCGAUCACAGUGGCCAAUGUACCGAGCCGAAAGGGGUCGAACCCGGUGGACUCACGCAGAGGCGAGGCUCUUACUAUGGGUGUGUUUCAAGAAUCCGGUCAGCAAUCACAAGUCAUUGGGAAUAUCCCUCUGCACCUGUCCCCCAAAAAGCGAAAGGCCGAUGCUGCUGAUGUUCAGCCCAGGAUACGGGAGCCCGCCCACUUCCAGAAGCAAGAGGCGAACUCUACUUCUUUGGCGCCGGAAAGGCGAACCAGAUCACGAUCUUCAGCCCAUCCAGGCGAUGGCACUCAUACUGCUCCUUCAGGAAAGCCCCCCAAACCUCAAAGCCCCAGGCUUAGUGAUGACCAAACCACACGUCACCUACGUAAUUCAAAAAGAAAUCGCACCUCAUAUGACCCCAUGCCUGUGAUAGACAUAGCCCAAGCAAAGGUCAACGGGCGACAUGAGAAUCUUCACAAUGUACAAGGGGACAUCCCUGAUGGCAGUGGGGAACACAGAUCGACUCCUCUUUCUCAAGAGCCUCAGCAGCCCAAGCCUCGAGAAAUCGGAUCGAGGGACGAGCGAGAGAGCAUAACCGUUCCACCCCUUUCCACGCCCGAAAAGGAGGUCACAGGGGAUGAUCAGACUACACCGGCUGCAAGACAGGGCACGGCACAAGAGUUCAGCGCGGCCACGAGGCGCGUUUUUGACUCGGAGGCCUUUGAUGCCAUGAUAUAUCGGCAAUCUUCUCUGCGUCCCCCACCGGGCGUUCCUAGAGAGUCUGCGGCCUGGCCCAAAACCACUGCGCAAACACCCUCGGCCGGAGAUCAAAGGCGAUACCUGGCCGUCAAUCCAGCAAUUCAUAUGCCACAUAAUCGAUCUGAUGAGUGGUACAAGCAGAAGGCGCUGGAGAUUCAGGGUCGAGGCGGGCGCAAGGCCUGGUUCGGCAAAGUCAUCGAACGGCGGAGGUGGAUACGACGAGCAAGAGAGAGGGCGGAGGAAGAGGAACGAAACGCAGCAAAGGCGUCAAACAAGAAACCAAAGCGGGUGGAUCCGCAGCCCUGGUCUUACAAUCGAAUCAUGGACUUUGGUGAUGUUCCUGAGGAAGAACUUCCAGAAGACGUGCUGCAGAAUCCUGCAUGGGUCAGGGCGUGCGCCUGGCAUCGAGAGAACGAGACAAAGAGGGUUUUGCGAGACCGUGCAGCCAAGCAAGCGCACAUGGAAGCCUGGAACUAUGCUGAAAGCAUUAGGAACGAUGCCAGACUGGUAUCAGAGGGCAGCAAAGGACUCUCGAACCAACGAUGA